AGUCAUCGAAAAAAUAAACACACAAUUUUGUUUAUACACACAUAUAGUAUCGGAUAAAUUCUGUAUAUCUGUUAAAUUGAAAGUUAUAUCUAUUAUCAGCGCACAACCCCAGUUAGUAACAGGUUCAAUUUUUCAAUGUUGUCCUUGUCUAGCUGUGGGGCUAGUGAACUGAUAUGAUACCGCAAUUAUACCUUGAUCAUCUCUCCUCUAAUUGCGACAAACAACUUUCAUAUGCAAUAUACCGUUUGGAUAUAUAACAGGCCCCAGACUGCUAACACUAAUGCAAAUGUCCAAUUUUCGUUGCCAUUUUUCAAAUGGUUUCAAAUCGAUUGGACUUUGGCCUCAUUGGUGAAAGUGGUGUGGCCACACAACAAGCUUGAUACUUAGAAGAACGUUACGUUUGGAAGUUAUUGUUAGGUUCAAAUGUUGUUGUUUUUUACUAUUGUUUAUAAUUAAAGAUAAUUUGUUAUCUAUCUCACAAAAUGUAUAAGAUCUUUAUACACCUAAAAAAUAAGUUUUCCAAUUUUAGCUCUAAUAUAAAUACUCGGACAUUAUAGUGUUUCGCAGAUGUCUUUUUCAAUGGAUAUUGAUAAAGAGGAAAACAGUACAGAAGACUUUCAACUGGAGAUGCAAAGCGACAUGGAUAAACCAGAUUUCAUGGAUACGAAUUAUCAAGAAAAAGAUGAUGUUCUGUAUAAUGAGGAUGGCACUCAAAGUAUAGAGUCAAACAUUGAUCAAAACAGUCAUGAAAAGAUGUUUGAUCAAAGUCAUUGUAAUGAUACAAUGGAAGAUGAUGUUAAUCUUCUAAAUGCUGCUAUCGAUGCAGUUAAUGGUUUGGUGAGCCAGGAAGCAGAAUCUAAUGCUGAUGACAUUGUAACCAAUGAUGAUUUAAGACAAUUUGACGUGUUGGAUGAUCUAGAACGACAUCCAGAUCAAAAUUGUUCAGACAUGGACUCUGAUACAAACGAGAGCAUGGAUUCUGAUGUACCGGAUGAAGAAAUCGAAGCUAUGCUUGAAGAAGGUUUACCAGAAGAAUUUAAAGGAAAGAGGAAAGACAAGAAAGAUAAUAUGCCAUAUGAAGAAAAGGAGAAACUUGUUUUAGAUGAAAUUGGACAUAAUCAUUUUGACGUCUUGCCCGAAGGUUGGGUACAAGUAACGCAUAACAGUGGAAUGCCACUGUAUUUACAUAAACAAAGCAGAGUUUGUACAUUAGCCAAACCAUAUUUUCUUGGUCCAGGAAGUGUAAGAAAACAUGAAGUGCCUGUUAGUGCGAUACCUUGUCUUCAAUACAGAAGAGCAUUGCAUGAAGAAGAGGAAGAAAAGAAGAAAGAAAAAGAUCGCGAGCCCUCUGCAGAAGUUUGUAGUCUUCCUAGUGCAAAAAUAGAGACCAUUCAAGAGAACCGAGCGGCUCAUUCUUUAGACAGCGAACAACUUAGAAAUUAUUGUCAAUCACUCUUCCGUUUUAAAGCCAUUAAAGUAAUGAGAUUUCAGUCGUGGUCUGCCCGUAGGAAGUUUACAAAAAAUAAAAAACAUCGUAAGCAAUUGGAACGUCCAACUUUGCCCGAUGGUACAAAGUUAAUAACAUUCCCAGUUACGAGUACGGGAAUGACGGGAAGCAGUGGUAAUACAACAGGAGAAGAUAAUGGUACGCAAAGACCGUCGAAACAUUGGAUAAUGAAUCCAUCUGGGAAAAGUUAUGUUUGUAUUCUUCAUGAGUACGUACAACAUGCCUUAAAGAAACAACCAACAUACAAAUUUAAGGAACUAGAAAAUGCAGCAACACCGUAUUCCGCAGUAGUUUGUAUUAAUGACAUGGAAUACGGCAGUGGUUUUGGUAGUAGUAAGAAACAAGCAAAAGCUAAUGCAGCACGGAAAACUCUUGAAAUAUUGAUUCCACAAAUGAGAGAUAAGAUCUCUGGAGAGAAUGGUGAUAAUGGUUCUGGUAAUUCUAGUCGAACGAUUAAAGCAUCAAGAGGAAAUUCUGAUGCAGAUUUGUCAUUUUUUGAUGAGAUCUCAAUAACGGAUCCACGGGUAGCAGAAUUUUGUGCUAAAACGACCGAACCAUCUCCUCAUGCAAUUUUGAUUACUUGUCUUCAAAGGAAUUAUGGUUUGGGGGAUAUGCAUAUUAAUUAUUCCGUAAAUACAUUGAAACACCAACGUAAUGAAUUUACAAUGCGUGUUGGAAAACACGAGGCUACAGUUGUAUGUCGUAACAAGAAAGAUGGAAAACAAAGAGCAGCUCAGGCAAUUUUACAACUAAUGCAUCCACACAUUCAAUCCUGGGGUUCCUUGUUAAGGUUAUACGGAUCACGGAGUGUAAAAUCCUUUAAAGAAAAAAAACAAUUAGAACAAGAAAUAACAUUGUUGCAAGGAAAGGCAGCGGUUAAUCAACCGAAUCAUGCAAUAUUAGGUAAACUUAGACAAGAAAUGCGUAAACUAGCUGAACAACAUAAAGCAAUACAACCUAUCGGUAAAUUUGUACCAUUAGAUUUGCCCACUGGUUCUUCAGCUAAUUUAAAUAAUGUAGAUUUGUAGUAUACUAGUCAAAUUUAGGGAAGUCUAUUGAUAUACGAAAAAAAUAUAUUAGAUUGAUUGAUUUUAGCAAAAAAAAAAAUAAAAAAAAGAAAAAAAGAAAAAAAGAAAAAAAAGAAAACAAGAAAAAAAAAAGAAAAAAAAAAUAGGCUA